AUGUCCUCCCGUGCGAUCCGCAAGCUGCAAAAGCUGCGCGAGCAAGAGCAGCAAGCCGAACAAGAAGCCCAGGAGUCGAGCGAAGACGAGCCGAUCUCAAGACCGUCAAAACCCAAACUGAAUGCGUUUGACCUUCUGAACGCAGCAUAUGACGAUGAGGAUGAGGACGAAAAGCAGUCCGAGAGUGAGGCUCCCGAGCCGGUGACUGGGCCAACCAAGGAAGUAGCAGGCCCACCAGCAACAGCAGAUCCUGCGAAGAAGAAAAAGAGGAAGGCCAAGAUUAAGAAGAAGAAAAAUGCGACAAAGCAGGAGCCUACGAAAGGGGGCUCCGAUGACAAAGAUUUGGAUGAGAUCGACCGAGCCUUAAAGGAGUUGGCUGUCCCGUCACAAGGAGAGGCUGACGCUCAACUCUUGGUGCAGAACAUCGAUGCAUCAUUCGCGAAAUCCCCGGAAGAAUUUCUGUCGAUCGACUCGAAGUUGCUUAACGCAAGCAACGAGAUGCGGAAGUUGUUCGGCAAUGUUGUGUUUGAGAAUUUCGAUCAGCCGGAAACGGGGUCGGGUCGCAGGCGUGACCGAGCUCGAGAAACAGUAGACUUGGGCCGUGCUUUGACAGGUAGAUACAGCCCGGCAAGUAGGGGGCUUAGUCUUGCUGGAGUUACGCAACGGCGCAACAUCUUAUUUCAAGGAAAAGAUGAGUGGCCGCGAGCUCCAAGUGGAGGUCUUGGAAUGGAGAUGGCAGAAUCGCUUCCCAACGGCGCUACCGUUUAUCGCUUCAUCCACAAUGCUGCAUACCAAGAUGUGCAGAGGCAAUUCGAACUUUGUGUGGAGUCAAUGGAUCCGCAAAGGAUGAUCCAUCUUCUUCAGUACAACCCUUACCACAUCUCAACCCUCCUUCAAGUGUCUGAAAUAGCAAAGCACCAAGGCGAUCACGCUGUAUCUGCAGACCUUCUUGAACGAGCGCUCUUCAAUUUUGGUCGCUCAGUCCACUCGUCGUUUGGAAAUCGCCUCAAAGAGGGCAAGGCUAGGCUUGACUUUUUGCAUGCAGAAAACCGCGAGCUGUGGCUAGUUGGGUGGAGGUACAUUGCCAAUCUCGGAAUGAAAGGGACUUGGAGAACCGCAUAUGAAUGGGCCAAAUUGUUACUGAGCCUGGAUUCAGAUGAUCCUUAUUGCAUAAGACUCAUGAUCGACAAUCUAGCACUCCGUGGCAGAGAGUGGUCCCAUUUCAUCGAUCUCUGCACACAAACCAGGUUAUCAAAGGAGUGGAAGUAUCUCCCAAAUAUUCAAUGCUCCCUGGCGUUAGCAUAUCUACGCCUGAACAAACAGAAAGACUGUCGAAAGCAGAUGCGCGUGGCAAUGGCCCGCUAUCCAUGGGUAUUCUGCAAACUAGCGCAGGAGCUCGACAUCCAGCCGAUGCCGAAGCGGAUCUGGGGUAAGCUACCCCCGACUGACGGGCACGAGUUAUUCACCGAACUCUACAUUGCACGCACCAAGGAUCUGUGGAACACCCCGGAGGUAGUCUCUCUUCUGGUAGAGGUGGCGGACACGUUAACAGAGGGAGACGAGCCCAUUGAACCGCCAGAGAUUACCCUGGAUAUUGCGCGCCAUGUUGUCCUCUCAGACGUCCCGCUCGUUACAACGCAUUUACCGACUCGAUUUGUGUCUGGGCGAAUCUCAGCCUCUGACCCUCUACCACCUUACGAAUCUGAAGCUUUUCGACAGCAGUCCGAUCCAACACCAUCAUAUUUGUCUCGAGUCCCAGAAGCAGAGCGACCUGGCUGGAUCCGUAACCUUAUGAAUCAGCUAAACAAUGGCGCGUUUCGCCUUCCUCGGUUCCGUGCAGGGGAUGAGGAGGAACGUGAUGAUGAUGAACCGGAAGAAGACCAUGUGCUACCGGCUUCUGGCGCUGAGGACCAGGUUGUACUUGAACAAUGGCUGCUUGGAGACGGGUUGCAGAUUCUGGAAGCGUUCAUUCGUCAGCAUGGCGUCGAUCGAGGGAACUGGGAUGAAGAUCUCGACUAUGCCCCGCUGCAUGAAUACGUUGACACAUUGUUUGAGAUUGUACCAGACCCCGCGCGGGAGAGACUACUAGAUGGUGCGAUUCGAGAAGCUGCGGGUCCAAUAGUUGUGAGUCUACUGCAAAACGAAAUGGAGCUUACGCGGCUGGAGUAUGAGGAACAGCAACGUGAUGGACAGUGA